AGCCAUUUCACAGUGCAACGUAACAAGGCAAUAACAGCUUCUCUGUCCAGUUGAGAUCAUGAAGGAUUUAGUGCCUUUGAUCUGAUGGCCGAAUCAACUGAAAUGCUGCCUAAACUAGAGAAUAGGGUUCACCCGCAGGAAAUAAGGAAGGAGCUGCUGCAAUCCCAACUGAAACUAAAUGAAGGGAUAACUUGUAUUAAAAAGUGCAGCCAAUCUGCACCAUCUGCUAAGCAUCUGUUCAUCUCCAAUUCUUCCUUUGCCUCCUGGACCAAGAAGAACAUCUUCAAGAAGCAAUGCUGCUUCUUUGAAAAAGGUGUCAGAGAGGAUGUAUGUAAGUGUGGCUACUCAAAGUCCGAGCAUGUGGUUGAAGCCAUCAGGCAAGAAGACUUUACGGGCGAGUCGUGGAACAGACACAGACAUGACGAUGUGCCCACAGAUGCUUUUGGAGAGAUCUGCUUUGGUGGCUUGGGACGAAACACCAGCAAGUAUGUGCGAGUGUCCACAGACACCAGCCCAGAACUCCUCUACAAGUUAUUGACUGAACAGUGGGAACUUUCCCCUCCCAACCUGCUGAUCUCAGUGACCGGAGGAGCCAAGAACUUUCAUCUCAAGGCUCGUCUCAAGAACGUGUUCCACAGAGGUCUUAUUAAAGUGGCCCAGACAACAGGUGCGUGGAUAAUCAGCGGUGGUACGCACACAGGUGUGAUGAAGCAUGUAGGGCAGGCUGUUAGGGACCACGCCCUGAGCAGCGCCAUGCAGGGCCAGAUCGUGGCCAUCGGAAUUGCGACAUGGGGAAUAAUUCACAAUAGGGAAGCUUUGGUGCAUCCAGAGGGUGGUUUCCCUGCCCAUUAUUUGAUGGACAUCGAAAGCCAGGGCCGACUCUCCUGCCUCGAUAAAAACCACACCCACUUCCUGCUGGUGGACGAUGGCACGCAGGGAAACUACGGUGUGGAGAUUGAACUACGUAGCCGUCUGGAGAAAUGCAUCUCUGGAAAGCCUAUUUGGAUUGAAGAGAGUCCCGUGAACAUCCCUGUGGUGUGUGUUGUUUUGGAUGGAGGACCAGGCACUCUAAAUACCAUCUACAAUGCUAUGCUGAAUGGCACACCAUGUGUGAUCUUGGAGGGCUCUGGGAGAAUAGCAGAUGUGAUAGCCCAGGUGGCAGGACUGCCAUUGACCAAGGUCACUGUCGCCCGCAUCAAACAGUUAAUGAAAAAGUUCUUUGGCCAAGAAUAUGAUAAAUUUGACUACCUCAAGAUCAUAGAAUGGACAAAGAAGAUUCAGGACAUCAUCAGGAUGUCUCACUUGCUGACAAUUUUCAGAAUAGGCGAGGACGAUCAAGGGGAUGUGGAUGUGGCUAUUCUCAAAGGACUACUCAAAGCUUCGAGGAGCAGCGAGUCCCUGGGAAUCGAGUGCUGGAAGAGGCAGCUGAAGCUGGCUAUAGCUUGGAACCGAGUGGACAUAGCUGAGACCGAAAUCUUCACUGAGGAGAGCCAGUGGAAGUCAAGUGACCUCCACUGGGCCAUGUCCUUAGCCCUGGUUGACAACAAGCCUCCAUUUGUGAGUCUGCUGCUGGAGAACGGUGUCAGUCUGAAGGAUUUUCUGCAGGACGAGGCAACUCUGUGUAAGCUUUACGAAUCGCUGCGGGACAACUGCAUCUUCGCCCGCAAGCUGGAAAAGCGGGUCCAAAGCAGCGACAGCAUGGAGAAAGAAUCCCGCAACAAGCCUCAAGCUCAUUCAGGAAGAAACAAAAAGAUCUCCAUGACUCAUGUGUCUGAUGAGGUGCGCCACCUGCUGGGCAGUUACACCGAGGCCCUCUAUCCCCCCCAAGCUCCACUUGGGGAGGAUGUUGCUGCACAGAGGGACCCAGGCAGAGACCUUUUCCUUUGGGCUGUUGUCAAGAACAAUAAGGAGCUGGCUGAAAUUGCCUGGGAGCAGUGUAGAGACUGCAUAUCUGCCGCUCUGGCCGCCAGUAAGCUCCUGAAGACAAUGGCAGAGGAAGAAAGUGAUGCAGAUGAGGCAGCGCACAUGCAAGAACUUGCCAAUCACUAUGAGAAACACGCCAUUGGUGUGUUUAGUGAGUGCAACAACAGCAACGAAGAGUGGGCUCAAAAGUUGUUGGUUCAAGCGUCUCCAUUUUGGGGAAGGACAACGUGCCUGAGGCUGGCACUGGAGGCUGAUGAUAAAAGCUUUGUAGCUCAGUCAGGUGUUCAGGCUCUUCUGACGCAGAUCUGGUGUGGUGAGCUUUCAGUGGUCAACCCUGUGUGGAGAGUGCUGAUCUGCAUGGUCUUCUUCCCACUUAUCUUCACUGGCUUUCUGGUUUUCAGACGUGAUGAAGUUACUCAGAGAGACGCUACGAAGGACAAGGAGAUCAAGGCAGUAAAGACAGAAAAAGAAAGUACACCUCAAACAAAUUCUCAAGGCCCAGUGUGGUGCCCGAAGCUUCUAGACAGCUGGUCCAGGCUGGUCUACCUGUACAGCUCUCUGCAGGUCAAGUUUUACUGGAAUAUCGUGUCUUACUUUGCCUUCCUCUUCCUGUUUGCUAUUGUGCUAAUGAUUGACUUUCAGGCCACGCCCUCUGCUGGGGAGGUGCUGCUCUACAUCUGGUUGCUUUCUCUGGUGUGCGAGGAGGUCAGACAGUUGUUUUAUGAUCCUGAUGAUUAUGGGUUUUGUAAAAAAGCCAAGAUGUACAUCAACGACCUGUGGAAUAUUUUAGACGUUCUGUCCAUCCUUCUCUUUGUUAUCGGCCUUGCAUUUAGGCUGACAACUGAGCUGUUUUAUGCAGGAAAAACUCUCCUCUGCAUCGAUUUUGUGGUAUUCUGCCUCCGUCUCAUGGCUAUUUUCACCAUCAGUAAAACCCUGGGACCCAAGAUUAUCAUAGUCAGGAGGAUGAUGAUGGAUAUGUUCUUCUUCAUGUUCCUGCUGAGUAUCUGGGUGGUUGCAUACGGUGUGGCCAAACAAGGCAUUCUCAUCCACAAUGACAAUAGGCUGGACUGGAUUGUCCGCGGGGCAAUUUAUGAGCCGUACCUCAUCAUAUUUGGGAAUUUUCCCACAAAUAUUGAUUAUGCUGCGUUUGACAUAAACUCCUGCAGCAUGAAUGGCACCGAUCCUCUGAAGCCCAAGUGCCCGGUGCUGAAUGAAAACCAAACACCAGCUUUCCCUGAGUGGCUCACUAUAAUCAUGCUUUGUAUAUACUUGCUCUUUGCCAACAUACUGCUGCUCAACCUGCUCAUAGCUAUCUUCAACUUUACAUUCCAGGAAGUUCAGGACAACACAGACAGAAUAUGGAAGUUUCAAAGAUACGAGCUAAUCAAGGAGUACCACAGCCGCCCUGCUGUCCCGCCUCCUUUCAUCAUCUUCAGCCAUCUUUACCUCUUCAUCAGGAACAUGGUGAUGUGCAGGCCCCCCAUCAUAAGUAAAGAGUUUAAGAACAAGCUUCCUCGGACGGAGGAAAAGAAGCUGUUGACCUGGGAGGCCUUAAUGAAGGACAGAUACCUGCUGUCCACACAGCAGGAGCAGAGCCAGAGCAUGGAGCGACGUAUCCUGGACACGGCUCAAAAGGUUACCACCAUAACCGAUCGAUUGGAGAGGGAAGAGGAAACGAGCUCUGCCGCCAUGGUGAAAAGACUGGCUCGACUAGAGGAGCAGGUCGUCCAGUCAGCCAAAGCCCUGCAAUGGAUUAUGGACAGUCUGACAUGUCAGGGGUUUGCAGCAAAAGAAACACAACCCCCAACAUUAACUACAACAGACGAGUCCCCUGACAUUUCUACGACAGAGAAAGAAGACGGGUUCCACGUGAACGCCCGUCAAUUUUACUACCCCAACAGCAAAAUCACACGCUUCCCUGUGCCUGACGAGAAUGUGCCAUGGAAGGUCAGAUUCAGUUUAUACAAACCGGCUUGUUACAAUGGAACAACUAACCCUUCUGACCUAACCAGUGUACACUUUCUCAUUACAAUGCUCCCUAGCUCCUUAUGUUGUGUUCCCUUUAUUCUUUCACCUUACAGAUCAGAAUCAGAAGCCUUAGAUAAUUACAGAAACCCAGUAGGGCGGACGGGCAUCAGGGGACGAGGUGCACUAAACCACCUUGGUCCAAAUCUGAAUGCAGACUUUGUGCUUACACGCUGGCGGGAUAGCGAGAGAUCUGUUUUGGAGUACCUGGUGGUUAGUGAUAAGAGCCAGGGAACCUUGGCUUUACCUGGGGGACCUGUCCAAUCUGCCGAUCACAUGCCAGUGACUCUGAUUAGAACCAUGGGAAAGAAGCUGUGUGAAGAAUUAAUUGCAAAAGUAUCAGAGGGAACAAAGGUGUAUGAGGGCUAUGUGGAUGACUGCAGGAACACAGAUAACGCCUGGGUGGAAACCACCGUCCUCAACAUUCACCUGGCCAGAAGGAGCCAGGUGAUGGAAGACAUCGACAGUAUGGUAGCGAGCAGUCAGGGCACUCUUCAGUGGAAGGAGGUGAAAGACAAAACCAGACUUAGCCCAAACCAAAGAGAGUCUCUGCGGAAGGUUGCCGAGCUGCACAACAGGAAGUUUUGAUGUUCAACGAUGCUGGAGCUGUAAACGUGCCUCUCCAUCCACAGGGUUCUUUCUGCCUGUUUGUACGGUCUUUUGUUAAGGCUUAUUAAUUCUGUUCCACUGAAAGCACUUGAAUCAAGACACCAUAAACCCAUCAUGUAUGCUGCUGUGGAUUAUUAUUAACAAUUUGCCCAAAUUCCAUAGGACAGCAAACUGAAUGUUUAGCCCACACACUGUAAGUAGUCAUAACACUGAGAAUAAAUACCUUGGUUUUGAGGUAGUUGUGCUUCACAUGAUUAUGCUACUUCAUACUUCUACAUCACUACAUUUCCAAAGCAAAUAAGGUAUGUUUACUUCAUAACAUGUAUCUCACAGUACUGUAUUAGUUUUAUUGAAAAUGCCCAACAUUGACUAUAUUAAGCAAU